AUGGAAAACAGCAGCUUCUGCCCAAAAACACUCCGCCUCGCACGCAGCUUCCCCGAACACACCACCAGACGCCCCCCACACCGGCUGCGCACGAGGAGCCUGGACAGGCAGCAGCCCCCCAAACCCAUCCCCAGGCGCAAGAACUCCUCCGUCGACCAUCCCGCCCAGCCCCCGGGCUUCCACUCCCACAUCCCCAUCGAGCACACCCUCCUCAGCGUGCUCCCCUCCGCAAGGAAGGCCUCCGUCGACGCCGGCUCUCCCCCCACCGCCAGCGGCUCCCGCCUCAGCACCGCCUCCUCCGCCGCAAGCCCCCAGUCCACCCUCGCCACCUCCGUCCACUCCGCCGCCGACCCCCCGAGGCCCCGCUACCAGCCCCGCCCGCUCCUCCUCUCCGCUUUCGGUGCCAAGACCCGCCCCCCCGCCCCCGAGGCCCGCGCCCUGCUCGACCGGGAGGCCAAGGCCGCCCGCAGACGCGCCCGCCGCGCAGACCUCCACGCCCUCUCCCGGCCCUCUCCACCCGCCGCCGACGAGCACGCCUCCGAGGACGACGACUGCUGGAGCUGGGUCAGCCCCUCCAGCAUCCCCCCCUCCUCCUCCUCCUCCGACGACGACGACGAGCCGGCCGUCGUCUGGCGCGCCAGUCUCGACGUCGGCCGCCGGGUCGGGAAAGACCGCAAGGCCCGCGGCCGCGGCUGUCCCCGGCGCCCCCAAGGCCCCAAGCCUCCCCGCAAGCAGCCGCAGCAGCAGCUCCUCGCCGGAUCUCUCGCCCGCCUCAGACGCCGCCUCCUCGCCGCCGGCCCUGCCGCGCUGAUGUUCGGAUCAGGCCUCCUCGGCGGCCUGCUCUGCAGCCUGCUGUCCUCCACCGCCCGGGCACGGAGAACCAUCGCCCAUCGGCCCCCCGCCGUCUCUCUCACGCAUAAUCUCGCGCAUCGCUAG